AUCUCGAUACUCCACACCUUAAUACUACACAUCUUAAUAAUAUAUCAUUUUCUCGUAUCGAUAAUGAAGCUCUCAUCUGUUAUUACACUUUGCUGUGCUUCAGUUGCACUAGGGGCCGGGUGUCACCGCCCUAGGCCGUGUAUAAACGGGAACUGCAUUCCGCAAUGGGAAUCCAAUUGUACAAAUCUCUGGGAAGUUUUCAAAAUGGAACCGUGUAGAAAACUCAAAGCACCGAGUGGAACGUGUCGCAGUGGCAGAUGCGAGGGUUGCCAAUGGGAUGGCAUCUUGGAACGCUGUACGUAUUGCGAUAUCCGAUGCUGUUAAGACAAGAGUGUGGGUCUUACGGGCGACGAUAUGAUUUGCAUUUUUUAUAAACAGACAAAGGAACCAGUUGGAUUGGGAUGCCGCAGUUGAAUCGAAUUUGGUGGCCGUUGGUGGAUUAUUAUCUGUUUGGAUUUUGUAUGCCGAGGGACGUCCACAGAUGAAGCUUAAUCAAUACGUGUUCAACGCAC